AAAACCUUACUGAAUGUAUCACCAGUCUUUGUUACUCCGGUAGGUAGUACACAGGUGAACACAAAUUGACAGUAGGACACACGAAAUACUGCACGUUCAAAUCGUUCAGGAAAACUGACAGACCCAUUAUUAUCUAAAGAAAUAGCAUUUCGAUAAAGAUAAUGAAUGUCCCGAUCGUAUAUACAUUUCUGUUUGCAAUGCUUGCAUUACGCGUUUCGAGUUUAGAUAAUUCAGGAAAAUACAAUAUAAGUGGACAGACCCUGUAUAACGUUGGCAAACACUACAACAUGUCAUUGGUAAGCAUUAUUGGUAAAGCUAUGAAGAACAUAGAAUCCGAUGUUCGGGAAGUAGCAGAAGAAAUGUGUCGCUUGCAUCGUUGUAGUGAAUGGACAAAUUGGUCUAACUGUGAUGUUAGAGCAGAUAAACAAAGACUUGUCGGUGUUCAAACCAGAUCACGGACAUGCGGAGAAAACACUACCAUGUGCGAGCGAUAUGGAUUAUCUAGAACAGUUCUGGAUUAUAAGGUAUGUGAAAGUGGAUUUGGAUGUCCUAAGGAAUAUAAGUUUACGACGAAUGGCUUCUGCUUAAGAUACUACACAAGUCCAAAGUCCUGGGAUAACGCUGAAGCCGUUUGUCGAUCUGAUGGUGGUCAUCUGGUGCGUGUUGAUUCAGAAUUGAAAGCCAAGGACAUAAACGAAACAGUCCUUGCACUUCCGCCAAGUAUCAGUUGGUUAUGGAUAGAUGGUCGACGAUCUGUUCAAGCAGGACCUUGGUCAUAUGGGUACAAAUCAACAGAUUCAAACUUUACUUACUGGGGUGACAAUGAUCCGGAUAAUGGGGCAACCGAACUCUGUAUGAUGUACCACAAAUCUGAAAAAACAAAAUUUCUUUGGCGUUGGUUUGACUAUCCAUGCAAUAACUCAUUCCAUUUUAUCUGCCAGAUUCUUGCAUAAUUAUCUUUUCAUAUUUGUUUGAAUUCAUAUACGGCUAGUGACUAAAUAAAACACAAAUAAUAUGGAAAUAAUUGAUUUAAUGAAUUUUGCUAUCAGAAUCUAAUGGUUGAAACAAACAUUUAAUCUCUACAAAAAGUAUGAAGGAAAAACUAUUUACAAUAACAAAACAAGCUAAGUGUAUAUAUUUUUUACAUUUUCUUGUAAUUCAAGAUGAAUCUUUAACUUCCUUAUAAGCAAACGUUGUCGUUUCAUUUAAGCUUUUUUUAAACAUCAUCGUUUAUAUAACCUCUAUAAGAUCUUAUCAUCAAUUUAAAAAAAAAUGUCUAUAAAAUUAAUUUCGCCGUAUUAGCCGUGUAUAUUACAAAACAGUAUCAUGAUAUUUAUUUAUCAGGGAGAGGAAAACAAACUAUAUAAGACAGUUAUAUUAUUAGUUAUAAAGAUCGUUGACAGGUUAUAUGGCCCUAUAUAAACGGCUAUUUGUAAAUAUAACCCGAGCCGUUAGGCGAGGGUUAUAUUUCAAACAGCCGUUUAUAUACGGCCAUAUAGCCUGUCAACAAUCUUUAUAACGAAUUUAUAAUACAGCAAGCAUCAUUUUUAGAGAAAAAAGGUAGAUUUCUUCAUGAAUCGACUGCAGCCGUGUAUAUAUAACUAUAUAAACGUCACGAUUAUCCAAUGAAAAAUGACGUUACAAACGUGCAGUAUUAUAAAAAUAUGAAUAUAGAUAUAGUUAUACAUGUAUACAGUUCUGUAGUGAAUCACCAUAAAUUUUCAGUAUGCAUAUACUACACGUUUAUCAAAACAAAUUAAAUGGAAAAUAUAUAUUCCUCUUACAAUGUUUUGUCUUGUUUUUUCUUGC